AUGAACACACAUCGGAUGCUGCAUGUCAACGAGAUUAUCCUCACGAUCUUUGAAAACCUUUCUCCGGGCAGAUGGUCACAUAACGCAGGGAUUACUCGUGCUAACCGAGCGGACCGUCGAACUCUAGCAAACCUGGCGCGAGUCAGCAAGCAGUUCCAAAACCUUGCUUCCCACGUCCUUUGGAGGAAUCUCGAUAGUCUCGAUGCUCUCUUUUGCGUUAUCCUCACAUAUCAUGAGGAAAAUGUCAAUGGGUGUGUGAUCAACAAGCAUCAAUUGGGACGUUUCCAGCAAUAUGCUUCGCUGGUACAUACGAUCAACCGUUCAGAGAACCGCAAAUCACAUCGUGACAUCAUUGCCACCCUCUGGGUGUUGAACGGACAAAAUCCUAUCUUGCCGAACCUCCGGCAUCUGUCAUGGGAUCUCACCACGUACGGCGAUCACUACGUUCUCCUCCUGGCUCCAGAAGGACUGCGUAGCCUGGAAGUUGGUCUUUUCAGCGGCCCCGUUCAUACUAUGAAAAACGAGUACAUCGAUCUCAGCCCUAUCUUGAACCGCAUGGGCAAUUUCAGCUCAGCACAGGACCUUCAGCUGGAAGGUCACUUCCCCUCUCGGACGAUUCGACCGAUCACCGGAUGGCAGCACCUACACACCGUGGAUAUCGUACUCCCCCUCGGAGGAAUAUACAGAGGACUGUUGGAUGUUCUCGCUUCCAUAGAGGAGCUGACUAACCUCACGCUCCGAUGCAUAGAUGGUACACCAGAGAACGCGUUACUGCAUACAUUCAGUAAUUUGAAAACGUUGACGAUAGUUGGAAAGCUGCCAUUGUUGUACAAUCUCUUGAACAGCUUUGAGGCCCCCGUCCUGCAAUCUAUCAAGAUCUUCGUGGACAUCAGCUGGGACGCGAAUGCGGACGCAGCCGCGAUGGGCACUUUACAGAGGAUGUUCAGCCGCUUACGCGCCAUGCAAGGGCUUGACCGAACCCUUCGCGAGUUCCACCUGCGGAUGUGGCACAUAGAUCUCUCGAACACUCCAUUGAUGACCGCGAUCUGGCCUCUCUUGGCACUCGGUGGUCUCGAGGUUGUGGAGAUAGAACUCAGCUGGAAUGAGCACCUUUUAUUCGACGAUGAUAUCAAGGAGAUGGCAAGCGCGUGGCCCGACCUGGUACGACUUCGGAUCGGUUAUGAUUCUCCACGAAAGGAACGCUGCACCUCUGUCGCGACUUUUGCGGAUGUUUUAGCGCGGUGUCCAAGACUCGUUCACCUCGAACUCCCUGCGCUCAUAGACACUGAUUGGGCUGCCGGACCAAUGACGCCUCAUCCUCUGCGAAAGCUGUUCAUAAGAUCUGUUGCAUUUGUGAGCAACAUGGAUCGCUUCGCUAGCUUCCUCCAUCGACAGUUUCCGGACCUCGACAUCUUCUGGAUGGACCAACAAUCCGUGCCAUGUCACAAAUUCAUUGAAGAAGGUGCCGCGACUAGGAAAUGGGAUCAGCUGAUUGAAACCCUCUUUGAACUGCGAAGCGUUCAGAACUCGGCAGCAACUACUAUAUCAACGUAG